AUGCCCAAAGCAAUUGCGCAAGUACUAGACUUGGGUUCAGUUUCAGGAACGCCUCCAGGUGAAAGAACAUUUUCACACUUGGUCACCUCAUCAAGCUCGCUAGAGAAGAAAAAUAGCCGUGGGCAAUAUAAGAAUAAUGGUACGGAGCUUAUGAAGAGGAAAAGACCGCUAGAGUCUGGAGAAAUUGGUGGUGGUGUUGAUGUAUGCACAACUGAACGUGUUGAAAGGUUGCUAAGAGAAACAAAGUCGAUUUUAUACACCGUUAUGGAUCGGAUCAUAGAGGGCAGAUCUCUAGGGUAUUCAACAGCCCACAUUCAUCGCUUAGUGGAGAAUGUUUGUAGGUACAAACACGCCGAGAUGAGAGAAUUGGCAGAUGUGAUUUUUGAAAAAUUGGAACAGUAUUUGAAGGGGAUUAUUAACGAGACGCUUUUGGGUGGGGAAAGCAAAGACCUUUUUAAAAUGAACAAUUCCAGUAAUGAAAUGGUUGUAAAACGGGCUACAAACGUUUUGAAAAGCUGGAAUUUAUGGUAUAAUGCGUUUUCCAAGAUGAGUAAAGUUUUUUCAUUUAUUGAUGGAAAAUACUUGCUACUGCAUUAUUCAAAGAAACAACUUGUUGAAUUUGGGUACUCAAGUUUUGCCAAACGGUUUUUCUUUGACAUUUAUUGUAAUGUGCAUAUGCCCUUGGUACUGAUAUACUAUUUGGAUAUGGAUAAGCAAGGCAGCGAGCAAGAUAAAAAGAGGCUAAAGCAACUUUAUCAGGAUAUCACGACUAUAAUGACGGAUUUGGAACCUUUUAUGGAGGCGCAAUCUGAAAAUCAAGAGGUUGAACUUUGUGAUUUCCUGGAAGUGGUUCUUGAAUCAAUUAUACUGGCGAAUGACGCUUUGAAAUCAAAAGAUGAUUCCUCUCGUGGUGUUUCAGUACAAAAAUUGUUUAAAAUUAUGGAUGACGAAUGUCGAUUUUAUGCAGCUUGUCACAAAUCUGACGAUUUUGUCAAAUCUCUACUUCGAGAUAUGAAGUUUCGAAUGCUUUUCCAAGACUUUCAAAGCGUUGUCACGCCUAGUUUUGCUGAUUUAUUAGAGUCGCCGCGCGAGAUGCAACUUUUGUGGAAGUAUUGCCUCGAGGUUAAAGAAACACACGGUUUAGAUGCCGUGGCAUUUUUGCUUUUUGAGUGGAAAAAUUAUUGUGUUUCUGUUCUAACGGACUCAUUCAAGAAGUAUUGUGCUGGUGGUGGUGGUGAUGGCGGCGGUAGUAGUAACAGUAGCAGCAGUUUGGUUUCUACAGAUGAGUACCCAAGCAUAAUAUUUUACGCACAGAGAGUUUUUGCUACUCUUGACCAUCAACGGGAACAAAAUCUCAAUGGCAAUGAUCAAUUCAAGAGCAAGCUUAAAAGCGCAUUGGAAGAAGUCGUCAAUUCUGAGGAGUACAAUUUGUAUACUAUUCAGCAGUUGUGCAAGUUUUGUGACACUUAUUUCAAGUCCAUGUUCAAAGCGUACCCGCGAAUAGCCUGCCUGGUUUCGUUUCAUGAAAUCAAACUGCAUGUUAUUUUAUUCUUUAAGGCGUUGAAAAACAAACAAGACUUUUUGAGUGCUUACAAAAAAGAAGUUUCAAGGAGAUUGCUUUUGGGUAGAUCUGUUAGGAUAGAGGAGGAGCAUCAACUUGCAAAGGAGUUGGUAGGACUAGCGCUCGAGACGGAAACCGCGUCUGGUCUUUUGGCAAUGUUUGGAGAUUUAGAGACGUCAAAGUCAAUUAAAGAAGGUUUCAAUGAGAGUGGUGGGAUUGAGUUCACUCCAUUGGUUUUGGAAAAGCAAGUUUGGCUUGAUAUACCAAAUGAGAAACAUGACCAUAUAAAAAUGCCUAAAGAACUCCAAGACUUACUAAACAGGUUUGAGUUGCAUUAUCAAGAAAAGGACUCAAAGUAUAAAAACAGAGAAAUAGAUUGGUCGAAUUAUAAGUUGCACCAAUUGACAAUUGCGGGACAAUUCUCCAAGGGUGAAGUUUUAAUAUCGGCCAAUUUAUUACAGGCUACAAUUUUAGUGUUAUUCACAGAAAAGCCUACCUACAGCUUGAGUCAGCUAGAGAGAGAAACAGGAAUGGAUUUGAAGUUAUUGCAAUCGGUUCUAAACACUAUGAACCAGGGCAAAACCAAAAUCCUAGAUCAAAUAGGCAACACAGUGCAUUAUAAUUCAGAUUUCAGAGCCCUUUCAUCAUCAAAAGUCAAACUUCCUCCUAUUAAAGAACUGGCUAAAAUCGGAUCGUUUAGUCUUGAUGCAAAGGACAACAUCCACAACAUUAUUGAAAAAGAGGUGAAUCAAAUUGUUGACCAUAAUAGGUCAGAAGAGUAUGAAGGUGUUAUUGUGAAAAUCAUGAAAGCUCAAAAGAGUUUAACAGUGACGGAUUUACUAAACAGAUCCAUGGUAAUAUUGGAAAAACGAAGACCAGUGACAAUCAUUGCUUUAAAAGCUUGUUUGGAGACUUUGAUAGAUCGUGAAUAUAUCAAACGAAAUGGUACUGAAAUAGUUGAAUAUAUUCCUUAA